CGGGUUGAGUUAGGGGUCCGAAUUACAAACCGAACUAAAACAGAGUAGGAAACAACAAGGGCUUCUGUUUUGUCUGAAGAAAAGUGAAAGAAGCAAAGCUGUUCACUUUGGCUGCUCCCAUCUGAAACCCUAGAAGAUAUGCCUAAAUCAAAGCGAGACAGACCAGUUACUUUGUCUAAGACAAAGAAGAAAGGGAGGGAGCACAAGGAGUGUAUUGUAAAUGGAAUCAGAGAGGCUGUCGAGAAAUAUUCGUCUGUAUAUGUUUUCUCGUUUGAAAACAUGAGAAACAUCAAAUUCAAGGAGUUCAGACAACAGUUUAGGCACAAUGGAAGGUUCUUCCUUGGUUCGAACAAAGUGAUGCAGGUUGCUCUCGGUCGUUCGGCUUCUGAUGAAAUCUGUCCUGGCAUCUUUAAAGCCUCCAAGCUGCUUCAUGGUGAUGCUGGACUUCUUGUUACUGAUAUGCCAAAGGAAGAGGUCGAAAGCUUAUUUAACGCUUAUGAGGAUUCUGACUUUUCAAGGACUGGGAGCACUGCAGUAGAAACGGUUGAACUGAAAGAAGGUCCUCUAGAACAGUUCACACAUGAGAUGGAACCGUUUCUGAGGAAGCAGGGUAUGCCUGUUCGGCUCAACAAAGGUACGGUUGAGUUACUAUCCGACUUUGUAGUUUGUGAAGAAGGAAAGCCUCUUUCGCCAGAAUCUUCCCGCAUCUUGCGUCUGUUAGGAAUCAAGUUGGCUACGUUCAAACUCAACUUAGUCUGCAGAUGGAGCCCUAGUGACUUUGAGCUUUACCGAGAAGGUUUGGAUCUCUCAGACGUUGAAACUUCCUAAAAAAAAACCAAGAUUUUGAUCAACUCUGCUUGUUCUCUGUGGUUUUGGGUUGGGUGUUUUAUGUCAAAGUUUUGUUGCUUUUAGUGUUUGUAGAAUAUCAAAUUGUCUCCCUAUUCUUUGCUGAAACACAUCUUAAUCCUAGCAUUACAACAAUGUCAAUCUCGUUUACCGCUUGGUCAUUACAUUUUUUGCUUCUUGAUC